AUGACAAGUCAUCCUCAUCUCUCUACGAGCGCUAGCUCUGAAUCCUACGAUCACCAACCAUGGCGAAUACAAAACGACGACUAUUCUACCGAGGACGAGGAAGAAGUUCUCUUCGAUUUAGACGAGACAGCAAUGGCCGAACUUCCACACCAUUUGCAGAACAAUAUGCGAGAGAUCCAACUCGAGCGGGCUUGUCGACUACAGAAGGAUUCCAGCUCCGACCACAUCGUCAUGCGCAAACCGUCCCAAGACAGCCACGCAGACAGAUGGUUGAAGAAUAUGGUGGCUCGGAUGUCCGCAAACCUAGAGAUGGAUUAUUUUGCCCGUGAUCUUCGAGAGAUGAUGCAUCCGGUUUCGCAAGACGUGUGCUGGUGUACGACUCAGAGUGAUUAUUUUACUGUGCAGGAAAACGGCAUAGCAGCUCCUGGUUGUUUUUGCAAAUUGAACAGAACUGUGGGAGAUCGCAACGGUCUGUAUCUGGACCAUAUGGCUUCGUGGGGGGAUAAUGCCUUGGCCAGAUGCGAACAAAGCAGAGGACUCAAUGAUCACCAAUAUCUACCAGAUUCGAAGGACCAUGAUGCUUCAGGAGCGAGUGCUCAGGGUGGGAAAAAAGCGCCACGAGAGAGAAAGGCCAGUUUGAUCUUUCGUAAAUCAAGCCGGUCCUUCAUAUCCGCUAUGCGGGUUCAAGUCCAAAGGAGUCUCCGGAGAAUGAGUAUGUUUUUUAAGAAAUAA